AUGUACCACAGCAGCACGCAGUGCCGGCACUGGACCUUCCGCGGCGAGGAGGAGCUGGCGCGGUGCCGGGCCGACGCCAACCGCAAGUUUCGCGGCAAAGCGGUGGCGAGCGGGAAGGUCCAGCCGACCGACGCUAUCCUUCUGGAGCCCCACGAGGAGCUGGCGAUAUGCAAGUACUACGAAAAGCGGUUGCUGGACUUCUGCGCCGUCUUCAAGCCUGCCAUGCCGAGAUCCGUGGUGGGAACAGCUUGCAUGUAUUUCAAACGCUUUUACCUCAAUAACUCGGUGAUGGAGUAUCAUCCUCGGAUAAUAAUGCUAACAUGCGCAUUUUUGGCCUGUAAAGUAGAUGAAUUUAACGUGUCCAGUGCACAAUUUGUUGGUAACCUUCGAGAAAGCCCUCUUGGACAGGAAAAAGCUCUUGAACAAAUACUGGAAUAUGAACUAUUGCUUAUUCAGCAACUGAACUUCCAUCUUAUCGUCCACAAUCCAUACAGGCCAUUUGAGGGAUUCCUAAUCGAUUUGAAGACUCGCUAUCCAAUGCUGGAGAAUCCUGAAGUUUUGAGGAAAACAGCUGAUGACUUCCUCAAUCGAGUGGCUCUGACAGAUGCCUAUCUGCUCUUUACUCCCUCACAGAUAGCUCUCACUGCCAUAUUAUCUAGUGGGUCAAGAGCAGGAAUUAAUAUGGAAAGUUAUUUAUCAGAAAGUCUUAUGCUGAAGGAGAACAGAACAUCCUUAGCCAAGCUACUAGAUAGCAUGAAAUGCAUGAAAAAUCUCAUAAAGAAAUAUGAACUGCCAAGGCCUGAAGAGGUUGCUGCUCUAAAACAGAAAUUAGAGAAGUGUCACAGCUUGGAGCUUUCACUUAAUACAAACCCGAAGAAGAGGAAAGGUUAUGAAGAUGAUGAAUAUGUCACAAAGAAAUCUAAAAUAGAUGAGUUUACAGCUGAAGUUAGUAUCAAUAGCAAGGCCGUAACUGGUAUGGAGAGCUCAUCAAUUUGAAAUGACAGAAGAAACAUGCAGGAUGCUUUGUCUCAGCUGCCAAAGUGAUGAAGCCAUAAAAAGCACAAGAUAUUAGUGAAAGGUUGCAAUAUGAGCUCUUGUGGAAAUCGCUACGUAGUUCUCCAUAAUGAAGAAGCAUGAGCUAAACCUCAAACAGGUGCUGAAAAGGGGCUGGUAAAAUGACUGUGUCUCCAUGACUUUAAGAGUAGGCAUGGAUAACUAGCUUUAAGGUUAAAGGGCUUAGUCACCACUAGUUAAAAUAUUUUUUAGUC